UUUCCUCUGCAUUUAUUUUCUCUCUUAACCCUCUCUUUUCUUUCUCUCCAAACAUGAAUCCUCUGAACCAAUAUGUUUUAUUUUUAAGCUUAAUAUUUUCACUCUUUUUUGUAAAUAGUUUUCUCGUUUUUGUCAACUCCAUAUCUCCUACUUGUUCUUCUCCUUCGUCGGAUAAUAAUAAUGAAUACCCCGCCGUUUUCGACGCCAUAGCUUCCAUCAAUCCAAAGGCUCCCCUAAACGCCGGAAAGAACCGUACGUCGUCGUCUUGUUCACGUGGCUCCCCCACCAGCUGUAAGAUAUGGGACGUGACCUGCUCCGAAGCGGUUCUGGGCCUGGCCCGGAAACCCGACAACGUAGAGUGGAUUAAAGGGUUGAGGAGGAAGAUACAUGAGAACCCCGAGCUUGCUUUUGAAGAAUACGAAACGAGUAAGCUGAUUCGAACCGAACUGGACCGGAUGGAGAUUGACUAUCGAUACCCUUUAGCCAAAACGGGUAUUCGGGCUUGGAUUGGAACAGGCGGCCCGCCCUUUGUUGCCAUCCGAGCUGACAUGGAUGCUCUUCCUAUACAGGAAGGUGUAGAAUGGGAGCAUAAAAGCAAAGUUCCGGGGAAAAUGCAUGCCUGUGGCCACGAUGCACAUGUGGCCAUGCUCGUCGGUGCUGCUAAAAUAUUGAAGAAUCGAGAACAUCUCUUGAAGGGAACUGUUAUACUGUUGUUUCAGCCAGCUGAGGAAGCCGGAAAUGGUGCUAAACGGAUGAUUGGCGACGGUGCGUUAGAAAACGUCGAGGCCAUUUUCGCAGUCCAUGUCUCUCAUGAGCACCCCACUGCUACUAUUGGCUCAAGGACUGGUCCACUGCUCGCCGGUUGUGGCUUCUUUAGAGCCGUUAUCAGCGGAAGAAAAGGCCUCGCCAGCAACCCUCACCACUCAGUUGACCCCAUCUUAGCUGCUUCAGCUGCCGUAAUUAGCUUGCAGGGAAUCGUUUCUCGUGAAUCAAAUCCAUUGGACUCCCAGGUCGUGUCUGUCACCUCCUUCAAUGGAGGCAGCAAUCUUAAUAUGAUCCCCGACACGGUUAUAAUUGGAGGCACUUUCAGGGCUUUCUCCAAUGCCAGCUUUUACAACCUCCUUCAAAGAAUACAAGAGGUUGUUGUGGAACAGGCCGGUGUUUUCAGAUGUUCUGCAACGGUCGAUUUCUUCGAAAAUGACUCAACAAUCUACCCACCAACAGUCAAUGAUGACCGUAUGUAUGAACAUGUUAAAAAGGUUGCCACUGAUUUACUAGGACCACAAAAUUUCAGGGUGGUUCCACCGAUGAUGGGCGCCGAGGACUUCUCUUUUUAUACUCAGAUCGUUCCGGCAGCUUUCUACUACAUCGGGGUAAGGAACGAAACCUUGGGGUCUAUACACACCGGUCACUCGCCGUAUUUUAUGAUCGACGAAGAUGUUCUUCCCAUCGGUGCAGCCGUUCAUGCAAGUAUUGCAGAAAGGUACCUCAAUGAACAUGGUUAAAAGUUGCCCUUUUGACGGAAAUAAAUUGUAAAUCAACUUUGGCAGGGAUUAAUCUAGAGAAUUUGCAAUGUGAUGUGUUAAGGUAAAAGGGCAAGAUUUUUCACUUUGGCAGUUUACAUGUUGAUAUUAGGCAGAGGAUAUGGCUCUGUUGUUUGAAUGUAGUUGUUGUAAAUUGUAAAACAUUAUCGAGUGUUCCAAGUAAUUGUACUCUGCAUUUCACCUUUUCUAC